AUGGCGGCAGCAGCAGCGGCAGCGGUGGCAGCGGCGGCGCCGGCGGCCAGCCAACAGGUGCUGCAGCCCAUCAUGCCAGCCGGGCAUGUGCUGCCAGGAGCAGCAACCGCCGGCAGCAGCGGCGAGGGCGGCGGCUGGUCUCUGUUCUCCUCCUUCCAGCCAGGCGGCAGCGGCAGCCCGCGGCUGCAUAGUGGGCAGGGCGACACGCCUGGCCCAAGCAUCGAGGGCUUGGCUGCACGGUACGCUGCUGGCGCCACAGCAGACAGUGCGAGCGGCGCCGGGGCGUCAGGCUUGGUGGAGGACGGCGGCUCUCUGGGCUCUGCCGACAGCCUCCCUGCCCUGUUGGGCAUCGAGGGCGGUGCCCUUGGCUUUGGCGGCGGCCCCGACGUCGCCAGCUGGGACGGCAGCUGGGGAGUGGCAGAGGGCAGCUGGGAGGCCCAGGGCAGCCCGUGGCGCAGCCACCUGCAGGGCAGCUGGCAGCAGCCGCUGCCCGAGAUGGUUGGCGGCGGCGGCGGCGGCGGCGGCGUGCAGCUGGCCCUGCCGGGGCUGCGCAACGACGUGGGCCAGUACAACUGCUUCCUCAACGCCGUGCUGCAGUGCCUGUGGCGCUGCGAGGCCUUCCGCCAGCAGGUCCUGUCCUGGCCCCAGGUCUUUUUCGAGGCCCACCCAGUCGUGCUGGCCCUGCGCAACCUCUUCCACCAGCUGCAAGGCCAGGAGCGGGCGGCAGUGGGCGCAGCGGCGCUGCCCCGCCCCGCCGCCGUCGACCCCGCCGAGCUGCGCCUGGCGCUGGCCAGCUCCAGCGACCGCACCUUUGGCGUGGGCGAGAUGAGCGAUGCGGCGGAGGUGCUGCUGACGAUCUACGAGAGCGUCGGACAUGUGGCAAAGGCCCAACAGGUGCCCAACUGCGUGGACGCUCUGGCAGGGCUGGAGGUGGCAGAGGGAGUGUACUGCCCCACAUGCAGCCUGACCACCCACUGCAACCAGUUCACUCAACACUUCUACAACACGCAGGCGGCGGCCAUGCGGGAUGCGCACGCCGCCUCUCUCCAGGAGUGUCGCCUGGGCCGCAUGGGCGCCAGCUCCAUGGGCAAGCGCCUGCGGGCGGAGCAGGGGCAGCUGAAGACUUGCGAUGAGGACAGGGGCGGCUGCGGGCGGCGCUACCCGGUGCACCACGUACUGCGCGCCGCGCCGCGCCUGUUCAGCCUGCAGCUGAGCUGGCUGUCGACGCGGGAGUCGGGGGAGGACAUUGCGGCCACGCUGCGUGCGCUGGACGAGCAUCUGCUGCUGGGCGAGGUGUACGCGGGGCAGGCGGCGGCGGGGCGCCGCUACCGCCUGCGCUGCAUGGCCGGCUUCUACGGCCAGCACUAUGUCGCGCUCAUCCGCCUGCCCGAGCUGGAGGGCCAGUGGGCCCUGUUUGACGACUCCCGGGUCAGCGGCGUGGGCGCCUGGGAGGAUGUGGUGCGCAGGUGCGAGGCGGUGCGCAUCCAGCCCAGCGUGCUCUUCUACGAGGCGGUGCAGGGCUGA